AUGUCCGCCGCAAAGACCAAGGCCCAGAAUAUCAUUGAGGAUAAUGCUGUUGCCGUAUUCAGCAAAUCCUACUGCCCGUACUGUAAAGCUACCAAGUCUCUUCUCGAUUCGCUAGGCGCAAAGUACUAUGCUAUUGAGCUUGAUCAAGUUGAUGACGGAGCAGCAAUCCAAGGCGCCCUGAAGGAAAUCAAUGGCCAAACAUCCGUGCCAAAUAUCUACAUCAAGAAGCAACACAUUGGUGGAAACUCUGAUUUGCAAGCUCGCAAGGGAGAGUUGAAGAACUUGUUGCAAGAUGCUGGAGCUCUAUAA